AUGAUUCUACCAUUAAGUUACUACGACAUUUUAAUUCCAGAGCCUAUAAUCUUCACUCUAAUUACAAGCAUUAACUCAGGUGUUAAUUUUUGUGCAGUUCUCCGAGAUGAGUUCCGACCAGUACCUAAGGAUACAAGGGUGGCUGCUGGAGAAACUGCCCUCCUGGAGUGUGGGCCCCCUAAAGGCCAUCCUGAACCCAGCCUUGAAUGGCGAAAAAAUGGGCAAGUUAUUGAAAUGGAGAAUUCAAAGAGGUUAAGAGUUGUUGAUGGAGGCAAUUUGAUGAUAACUGAUGUACGUCAAGGUGAUGAAGGCAAAUACCAAUGUGUUGCCCAAAACAUGGUUGGUGUGCGGGAGUCAAAUCCUGCUACCUUAACAGUUCAUGUCAAACCCUUCUUCAGCAAAGAGCCAUCAGAUGUUACUGUCUUAGAAGACAGUGCUGUUAGAUUUGAAUGUCGAGUUGGAGGAGACCCAGCUCCUAACAUCUUGUGGCGACGUGAUGAUGGAAAGAUGCCCAUUGGCAGAGCACAGAUUCUUGAUGACAAAAGCCUUCAUAUAGAGCAUGUUACUCCAGAUGAUGAAGGAUUAUACAUCUGUGAUGCGGAAAAUGUUGUGGGCAGUGUAUCAGCUAGAGCAUCACUGACUGUGCAUUCUCCUCCAACAUUUAUCACAAAACCACAAGAUCAGAAAGUAGGUCUGAAUGGAAUAGCUGUGUUUGAAUGUGUAGCAAAAGGCAACCCUCCCCCAUCAGUAUUUUGGACAAAGGAGGGGAGCCAGGUAUUAAUGUUCCCUGGGAACUCUUAUGGACAUCUUCAUGUGACUCCUGAAGGUAGUCUUCGAAUUCAGGGAGUUCAGCGUGAAGAUGCUGGGUUCUUGGUUUGCUCUGCCUUGAGCGUUGCUGGUUCAAAUACUGCACGAGCCUUCCUGCAGGUCACAUCAGUUGAUGAUGUGCCUCCUCCAAUUGUGCAAAUUGGGCCAGUGAACCAGACACUACCAUUAAAGUCUGUUGCAACACUUCCAUGUCAGGCCACUGGAACUCCUCCUCCAAAAAUAAAAUGGUACAAAAAUGGUUCCCCCCUUGCUGGUCAGGGUCCUAGAAUAACAGUUUUAGAAACAGGAACUCUACAUAUUGAUGACUUGCAGUUAACAGAUUCUGGCCUGUAUACCUGUACUGCUUCAUCAGAGAGUGGUGAAACUUCAUGGUCUGCUUCAUUGACUGUGGAAAAGAAUCCUAGUCCUUCAGGCCCAGGUCUUCAUCGAGCCCCAGAUCCUAGCUUGUUCCCAGCCUCUCCACCACAGCCUCGUAUUUUAAAUGUCACUGAAAGUUCAAUAACAUUGUCAUGGCGCCAGGGGUCGAGUAGCGCCACUGGAACUGCUGGAACAACAGAACCUCCUAUAGGUUACACCGUAGAGUACUUCAGUUCAGAUCUUCAAACAGGAUGGGUGGUGGCAGCAAAUAGAGUUGCAACAGACACAAUUACAAUUGGUGAUCUGAAGCCAGACACGUCUUAUGUUUUCCUUGUACGUGCUGAAAAUCCAUAUGGUCUAUCUAUUCCCAGUCCUCUUUCGGAAUCAGCACGAACACAAAGGGCUGAUCGUCGAGCAGUGCCACGUUAUGAACUUGAUGAAGCACGUGCCAGGCUUAGUGCAAAGGUUGUAACACUUCGUGAUGUUCAACCUCUUAACUCAACAGCAGUACGUCUCUUGUGGGAUAUCUUAUCUGGUGAAGGCUAUGUAGAAGGAUUAUAUGUAAGAUUUAGAGAUCUGUCGGGAGGAUCUCAGAAGUAUAAUAUGGUUACUGUGUUGAAUGCUGGAGCUACAAGCUAUGCAGUCACCAAUUUGCGCAAAUACACCAAGUAUGAAUUCUUCUUGGUUCCAUUCUACAAAUCAGUUGAAGGUCAACCAUCAAACACCAAGAAUGUUCAAACUUUGGAAGAUGUUCCAUCAGCACCGCCAGACAAUAUUCAAGUUGGAAUGAUUAACACCACAGCAGCAUAUGUUAAAUGGUCAUCUCCUCCACCAGCACAUCAUAAUGGUGUUCUCCUUGGGUACAAGAUCCAGGUGAAAGGGAAUGGUACAAAAGUGCUUGCCCAGAUGACAUUAAAUGCUUCCACAACUUCUGUGUUGUUGAAUAACCUUACAACUGGCGGCGCAUAUACUGCUCGUGUUGCAGCAUACACACGAAGAGGCUUGGGUCCAUUCUCUAGUCCAGUUUCUCUCAUUAUGGACCCUGCAUUGCUUCAUCAAUAUCCUCCUAGAGCACAUCCAAGUGAAGGAAGUGGUGGUUCUGUUGUACAAGAGACAUGGUUCCUGGUGCUUAUGGCAUCUCUUGUCUUGGCUCUUGUCCUUGGAUUUGUGGGAAUGCUGUAUUUACGCCGAAGACAAGCAAUGGGCAAGGAACUUGGCCACCUAAAUGCUGAGAAUCAUUUGGGGGCGAGACGCACCCACCCCAUGGGCCACAUCUGGGCUCUGGGCCCCCCGUUGGACCACCCUGAUUUAGACACACUUCCUGUGGUUAAUGCCAAUGAUAUAUCCCAGCUGAAUUUAAUGAAUGGGAAGGAAACACUGUGGAUUGACAGAGGAUGGCGUCCAGCUGACAAAGAUGCAGGUCUUCCUUCUGAGACCAAGUUAUUAAAUACUGGUGCUCCAAGCUUGGAGCUAGUUUCAAAUACAACUGAUUAUGCAGAAGUGGAUACUCGAAAUUUAACUACAUUUUACAGUUGUAAUCGUAACAAUAAAGAUAAUGUUCCUGAAAUACCAGCUCCAUAUGCAACUACUACACUUAUCAAUUCCAUUCCUCGAAGAGAAAUGGACAAUGGGCAUAUGUUUAUGCCCAUUACAGUGGGAGGUCCUGGGGAAGCUAAGACAUCUAGUUCCAGUGAUUCGUGCGUGAAACCAGACUUGUCAAGUUUGGACACAAACCCUGAGCCUGGCAAUAAAUCAAGUAGCCCUAGCUCAGAAGUAGGCAAUAUGUAUGCUGAUGAUGGAAACAUGCAACUUCGUCGGCUACCUUUACAUCAACCUCCUUCACAAGUGAGAAAGUUCCCAGUAGGAGGACAGCAAGUACUUCCUAACUGGUCGGAGCUACUUCCUCCUCCGCCAGAGCAUCCUCCACCAUCUACAAUGAAUGAAGGCAUUUCUAAUAAUAGGUUGCAGAUGCCAUCUGGAAGUUCCUCAAAUAGGGGAGUAUCUCCCAAUUUCCAUCCUCAUACAGGAAAUUUCAAUCCCAAUAGCCCUCUUCUUGGCAAGAGAAACACAUGCUCUCGAGAAGGAACACCUCUUGGUCAUCUUUCUCAUCCUGGUGAGGGAAAUCAUGCUGUUCCUAUGGGCAACACUCCUCCUCUGCCUCCUGUUCGAGGUGGAAGCAGUUGCAGUAGUGCAGGAUACACAGGACCUUGGGUCCCCAAUAAUCCUGCAGAACAGAAUAUGUAUGGCAGCAACUCAGGAGGAAGAUAUUCCCUUAUGCCACCCCAGCAGCACCCUCCACCGGUUCCAAAUUUUCCAAUGGGCUUUGGAGGAGCUGGAGGCAGUUCAACUGGGGGAAGUAGUAAUCACAGUGGAUCACAGCACCCUGGCCACCAUCACAAUCACCACCACCAUCAUCAUCAUCACCAUGCCAAGAGUCCCAGUGGGAAUCCAAAUGGAAAUCCUCAUUUGGAGGAAUCAAUUUAUGAAAGUGGGUCAUUAGUGUAUGGAGACACUGGAGGAGGCCAUGAUGAUUAUCAGCAGCACAAUUCUUCAACAGGAGGUACAUCUCAGAUUGGCAGUAGUGCAGGUUAUGGAGCUAUGGACCGAGGAAUUCAAUCUUCUCUCCCAAGUUUAGCAUCGGAAAACCUUUCAUCCAGACUGCACCCUAGUGUUGCUGCUCAAAUGGCCAUGGAUCUGGGUAAUCCUUCUGAUGGCGAAGCAGUAAUGGGAGACUAUAGUGACUGCGAUCGUUGGCGGAGCCCAGGUGGAGAGGAUUCCACCACUGCAGGUUCCUGGGAUGAAGACCGUGGUAGUUGCAGCAGUGGUGAUGCCAGUGAUACAUGUUGCUCUUGCAGUGAAUCAAGCUGCUUAUAUGCUGAGACAACAGAAUUAGCUAAUCAGAAUCCAGCUGGGCUUCCUCCACAGGUUGGAGGUCCGUGCACACAUAAUGCAGCUGCAAAUGCCCGCCGACAUGUUCGGCGACAAUACCCACCCCAUCGAACAUCUGCUUCUGGUUCAGGACGUCCAGUUUCUCCAUCCUAUAGCACUGAUAGUAAUUACAGCUGUGCCCGUCCACCACCAGCUCGUAGUCAUCUGCGACCAGCUGUUGCUACAAGCACAGCUUCAUCUGUAGGUGAUUCAAGUCCUUACACAAGUCAGACAGCUACACCACAACAUUGUAGAAGAGAUGAUACUCCAGCUUAUGCCAAGCCUAAUUAUCCAACAUCUCAAACAUCUCGCAACAAUACAUUAGGCAGUGGUGGUACUCUAGUGGGUAGUUCAGCUGGCAGUCAACGCCUCAAAAAUCUUGGUAAUGUGUUCCAGAACUCUUCCUUUCCAAAUACAGGUACAUCUACUACAUCCAGUUCAAGCCCUGGAGAAGGAAAUCAACCGUCUGAAGUAGUUCGAUGAAGCACGAGCCCAGUUAUUUAAUAUAAGGCUGAACUUGACUCCAUUGCAUAAGACCCUUCAAAUGUAGGGCAAUGGUUGUGCAUCCCUUUAUCUUGGAGUCAUGUAGCGUUUGUCAUUUCUUUUUAGUGCUAGGAAAUGAAUUAUAUGACUGAAGAUCACUUCCGUUUUGUGCGUAAUUGUGUAAUUGCUGUUUGUGUUAAUUCAAGUACUAUUCACGUGUCUGUGACCAGAUACUGAAUUGUUUCAUAACAUAAAAGCAAGUGAGACUGCAACUUGAAUUUAAAAUUACCACAAAAAGUAUUAGUGAUGAGAAGGAUUGGGCUCCAUCUCAGGACAUCAAAUUGCUUGAUAAAGGUGAUCUGUGCAAUGAUUUUCACAGUGGAAAAGUAUCUACUGUCAUUCAACGUUUGUGGUCCCCCCACUGAGAGCUCAAAGUUAGAGUGUUUAUGUAAACAUCCUUGUAAAAUGAGAGCAACAAUUGCUUGCAAAUAAUGAAUAUUUUGUGAAUUAUAGUGUAAGAUUAGUGGAAAUGUGUAAAUAAAAAGUAUCUACAAGAACUGGAGAAAAUCUGGAAGCUGACUAAUUGCAGUUUGAAAGUAGAUGCAGUAAUAUUCACUAUUUGUUGUGUUUAUGUGAAAGCCAUCAGGUGUGAAAAUUUACUGUGUCAUGGUUUAAAAAUAAAUUAAUAAAUCGUCAGAUGCUGUAGAAAUAUUAGGAUGAAUAUUCCUUCCAUUCUCUGAAGCAGGGACAAUCUUCUUUGAUGUUGUUAUUCUCUGUGAACAAUUUAAAAAAUUGAGAAAUACAGAAGAAUCAUGAAAAUGGAGGCAAACUUGUGUCUAAAACUGCAGAGCUAUAAAGAAUUUUACAAAUUUUGUCUUUCAAAAUUUUGACAACAGUGUCAUUUAGAAGCAAGUGUAAACAAAAAAACACCUGCUAUUUUUCAUUAUGUUAUUUUGUUACUUACUGUUCCUCUUUCCAAAUACUCUUCCAAUAAGUUGUUAAAUUCAACAAGGAAGUUCAUAGGAAGAUGUUGAAGUAUAUAAAAAGAAACCUUACACUGAAAAAUUAUCUGAGAGUUUAUUUUAUACCAUCUAACAAUGAAAUAAAUAAAAAUGACGUUGUUGCUUAUUUGUAUAUAAGAAAUUACAAAAAUAAUUGCAAUAGUUUCCUUCUUAAUAAAAAUUGAAAAGAAUAAUUUUUAUGUACUUUUAAAAAUAUGUUUAAUAUUAUUUAUUAAAAGUUAUAGAAUCAUUUGCAAAGAACAUAACCAAUCUCUAUUAUAAAUGUAUAAUGAAAGUAAAUCUGAACUUCCUGGAAUAUAAGAAUUCCAUUCUGAAAAAUUGUGUCUGACUGAUUUGAAAUGUUUCUUUAAAACCAAUACACUGCCUUUGGUUAAUAUGCUCCACAGUUAAAUUUUAAAAAAAUAUUGAUUGUCUCUACCAAGUGUUGCUUCUGUUCACUUGGGUCUAGUGGAGUAAUAAUCCUGUGAAUUAUAUUUUAAAACAAGUAUAAGUUUAUUAAAGCUGAGCAUUUGUAAGAGAAAAGUUUUCUUACAUAAAUUGAUUUUCAUUGACUUCCAUUCUAAAUACAAGUGAAAUUGAAGUGAAAUGGAUUUUUUGAAUGCAAAUAGAUACUUAAUUCAAUGUUUUGUAUAUUACUGUAAAAUGUUUUACUAGAUCUGAGGAAUUUGACCUCACGAGACACUCCGACACCAGUCCAAAAUUGGAAGUGGCCGUCCUUUCAAAUCAGGCUCUAAUACAUGCACAAUAUGGUGUACUCGGUGACUGACUUUUAUAAAUAAGAAGGCAACUGUUCUUCCAGAAUGCUUGAUUGAUUAUGUAUGAAAAUGUUUUGUAAAUCAUUGUACAUAUAUAAUUAGAAUAUUAAGUUUUUUGUGAUAGUCACAUUGAAUGUUUCUCAGAUGCAUCUUGUGUGGUAAAAAUUGCAUGUCCAUAACAGUAAACAAAUCAUGUUUUAAAUUUCUCUGUUGAACUCUUGACAUUAAAGAGAUUGCUGUUUCAUAUCUCACCAACAAAGAAAAGUUUUUAUGUGGCAAUAUGAAAAUAUCAUUAUGCAUUAUUUGGCAGAGGUAAAAUGUGUCAAUGUCACCCACUUAAAGUGUACUAACACACAUUUUUCCUUCCCAUUGUUUAUGGAUGUAUUUCUAGUGUUGCAGCAUUGUUAAUUUGGGUAAAAUAAGGUAUGUAAUAACCUUUAUUGGUAUUCUUUUUGUAAUCCAGUUCAGACUUUAUUUAUUGAAUGAUUUUGAGUUACAUUUCAAUGAUCGUCCUCCAAAAAUUAUCUUUAUAAUAUUCACUAACAUUAGACUGAUAGCUAAUACCGAAUAAGCCUGCUGAGAUACUGGCUCUCAGAAUUUUGUUACCAGUAAAAGAAUGAAUUUUUUUUAUGAAUUUCUUGGCACAUGACCCCUGAAACAUGCUUCUUCAAUUUUUAACACAUUUUUUAGUACAAUGGAAUAUGACCUUGUUUAAGUUUAAAGGAACCUCUAGUAAUGUCUUGUUAUAUUAUCAUACUUAUUUUGGAAUUAAUCAAAGAUUUAGUAGUCUAUUCAGAUUUUUCAUACUAGAGAAAACUAAGAUCUUUACUCCAAAUCAAUUUCAUUGUUCUGAACAUGGGAAUAUUUUGCAUUCUGAAGUGUUCCUAGUCAAAUUUAGUUCGUAUCAUGUUGGCUAAAAAUUCUGGGAAAGGAAGUGUGAUAAUUUUUCUUCAUCAUUCCAUGUUUUUUUUUAUUCUUAUUAUGGGUAAAAUAAAGAUAUUUAAGUUUGAUGUUAUUCUGAGAUGUAUAUAAAAUAUUGCUUUAACACUUAUAUCUAUCGAUAUAUCUUUAUAUCUGUCGUGCAGGCAAUCUUCAGGUAUUUCAUUCAGUAUAAAAGUCACAAUUGCUGAAAUGUUUAUACGAUCAUUAAUUAAAAACUGUAAAACAUCCCUAAUUAAUGAAAAAUAUAAGGUUUUUUUAACAUAUUUUGAAGAAAUAAAUUCAAAUUAUAAUGUGAAGCAAAGUAUAUUUCAAAUUUCAAGUUUCUCAAAAAUUACUCUUUGUUAUUCAGACAUACUGCAUUGUUUUACAUCAUUUUUCUUAUGAAUACUAUUUUAUUUAAAAAUUAUAUGCACUUGUAAAUAUAUAUUUUCAUUAUUUAUUGACUGAAACUUUGUAACUGUAGAAAUGAGAAGACACGUCAAUGUGACUAAUGUAGAAGAAGUCUGUGGUUAGUGUAUUACACAAAAAAGAAUUUGAUAUUCUCCAGUUGAGAGGGAUCCUUACAUUUGGCCUUUUCUAAAGAUUCAUAUCACACUUCUUUUGUACAUAGCUGUAAUUUAUACAGUGUAGUUUUGAAAUGUAAUUUGGAAAACUGUUGGCUAAUAUAAGCAAGAUAAAAUAAUCUGUGGCACUGUAUGUAGUAAAUCUAGAAUUGUUAACCUGACAGUUACAAUAGAUUGGUGCUGUUGUUGAAUAUGCAUUCACUAUCUAUCAUGUCUCUCUGUAAAUAUCCAUAAAGAAUUAAAAAUUCCUGAUUCAGUGUAAUGUAAUUAUUUUUUUCCUGUCACAUAUAGACAUUGAUAACAGUGUUAUGUGUAGACCUUACAAGUUAACAACCAUCAUAUUAUGUUCAGUAGAAACACACACAGAUAAAAAAAAUAUGUAAGUUUUUUUUUAACACUUGUAAAGGUCCAGAAAUAAAUCAUAUUGUGUAUGAUACAAAAAUAAAUUAGCAUGAGCCAAAUAAAAAAUUAUAAUUCAGUCAAACAGUAUCAUAAAUAAAAUGUAUGAAAGACUAAA